CCCUGGCCAGUGACAAGCUACGCGGGGAAGAUGGCGUCCGGUUGCUUAGCGCUGCUCCUGUAAAUCCGGUCUGUUAAUCCCUAGUAUAGUAAUUGGUGUCGAACAAGGCCCAGGGAGAAAUGUCUGACUCGGAGGAGGAGAGCCAAGACCGGCAGCUCAAAAUAGUCAUUUUGGGAGAUGGAGCCUGUGGGAAGACAUCUUUGGCCAUGCGGUUUGCUCAGGAAUCGUUUGGAAAACAGUACAAACAAACAGUGGGACUGGACUUCUUUCUGAAAAGGAUAACAUUGCCAGGAAGCAUAAACGUUACUCUCCAAGUCUGGGAUAUUGGAGGACAGACGAUAGGAGGCAAGAUGCUGGAUAAAUAUAUUUAUGGAACGCAGGGAGUCCUGUUGGUGUAUGACAUCACAAAUUACCAGAGUUUUGAGAAUUUAGAAGACUGGUUUUCCAUGGUAAAAAAAGUUAAUGAAGAAUCUGAAACGCAACCAUUCGUAGCCCUAGUAGGCAAUAAAAUUGACUUGGAGCACAUGCGGACAGUAAAAGCUGAUAAACAUCAGAGAUUUUGUCAAGAAAAUGGUCUGGGGAGCUAUUUUGUUUCUGCAAAGACAGGAGAUUCUGUCUUCCUGUGUUUUCAGAGAGUUGCUGCUGAAAUCCUUGGAAUCAAAUUAAACAAGGCAGAAAUUGAACAAUCUCAGCGCAUUGUCAAGGCAGACCUAGUGAAAUAUCCGGAAGAGGAGCCACAACUGAACUCUAAAGCUCAGAGCAAAAUCUGCUCGUUGCAGUAGAGAGAAGGGUCGUGAAAGCCGACAUUGUUAACUACAGUCAAGAGCCGGUUACGAGAAUGGUGAAUCCUCCUCGAAGUUCAAUGUGCGCAAUUCAGUGAAAUCCGUUUAACUUGGACCAACGCAUUUUGGAAACUCUUCCUUUCCGUUGCACAAGCGCAUGGUUUACCAAGAACUACGUUUUAACAGUGACAAUCUACGCACUGCGGUUUUGAGAUUUUCAAAAGCUACUAGAAUAUUUUGUUUUCUAAAGCAGUAGCGAGUAGUUAAUCUAGCCAGGGUGUAAGGUUUGGACCAAACACACACACACACACAUGCACAAAAACCCCUUUAAAUUAUUUUGAUCAGAAUAUUAAAAUCAAUCUAUGGAUAGUUUGCAAAUGAUUUUGACGGGUAGCUGUGUGUGAUGCAACGGGACCGGUUACCAUUUUAUCACAUGCAGUACAAGUAUCCAGAAUUUGGUGGCUUAGAUUAAGGGGUUAAGUAAACCCGAGAGCAACUCUUUGUAAACCACACACUGAAUGUAUAUUUUAUCCACAACACUCUUUCUUACAUUCCAUUAAUUAGAAAAUAUCCAGUUAUCAAUUUUCUUCCACCAUCAAAUUCGGUGAUGCGUAGUAUUAUACCACUUUUACUUAAAAAAAAAAAUUAAUCCCUAAUUUAUUAUAUUUUUAUAUUUGCUUUUUUUUCCUCUCUGCGCUGUUUUUCUCUGUUGCCCACACUUUAAAGCGUUUAGUCCUCCGUGGUUAUAUCCGAUCUCGGUAAUUAAUUGGGAUGGUUAACUAUUUAAUUUCCAAAACAAAACAAACAACAUAAAGAAAUAAAAGCAUUUAUUAAUAGGAAAAUAAAUAUUGAGAUUUUUAAAACUGAUAA